AUGCUCGACGAGGCGUUCCCGGCAAUACGACCACGGACACACGGAUCUCUACAACCAUUGGACGAAUCUCCAUCCAGCCCGAAAUCCCAGCCAGAACUAGCCCCGGACGAACUUGUCACACGCGAUCCAAUCGGACGGGAACAAUUUCGGGUGCGACGAGAUUCACAAAUUUCCGGUCUUCGAUUCCGAUUCGAGACGAUUCAACACGAAAUCGAACAGCACGGGACAAGUCGAAUAGACAGUAUGAAACAAGUGGACACAAAUAUUGCCACUGCCCUAGCCGAACUAUCCACACAGCACCAGUCAUUAAUCACGUGGAUUACACGUCGUCUGUCGCAACAACAUGCGGAUGAUGACGAGAUGGUGGACGAUGUGCGUGAUACACGGAUGGACAUAGGGAAACAAAUUGAUUGGGAUGAAAGAUCUACCUGUUCGGAUAGUUCUUUCGUCCCGGAAGGAAUAGAUCAAUCAUCGAGUGAUAAUAGAUGCACAUUUGUUCUGACCAAACGAAUGAAUGCUUCUUGGAGUAUGCUAAAAGAUAUUUGUGAUGCACGAGCCACACGAUUUGAAUUGAUCGAUGCUAUUGAUCGAUUUUAUCACACGAUAGAAUGUACCAAUGAGUGGAUUGUGCGUAACUAUCGACUACUGUUAUCAACCGAUGAUUUGGGAGCAGAUUUGAACAGUCUUAUUCAGUUACAGAGAAAACUUCUUGGUUGGGAGUCGGACAUGGUCGCUUUGGGGCAGAGAAUGCAAGAGAUUGGUGACGAAGUACAACGAUUGAUACACGAGUUACAAGAUCAAGCACCCACACGAAGAGAUCUGUAUCUGGCCUCGGAUGAAUUGCGAACAGUGAGCGAAAUACGCCAGUUAGGUGAACGGCUGGUUGAUCAAUGGAAUGAACUUGAGCACGCUUUGCAAGACCGACAAGAAAAACUGCUCGUCUCGGCCGAAUUACAACAAUUUUUACAGGCAAGUCACGUGUGUGCUUUUUUUUCUUCGUUUUUGAGAAAAUCGGUUUGA